CACCAGGGAAACCGGUUGGGUUUUCACAUUGCUUCGCUAGAGGGGGGCAUUAUCUUUCCCCUUCGCCCCCUCCUUGUAGAAAUCUGUAAUAAGUUCAAUCUUUUGCCCGGCCAGCUUACUCCAAAUGCCUCUUUCCAAGCCUCCUUCUUCUCCUCAUAUCCCUGAAAUGGAUGAGGCCACAAGUGCCCGGUGUAGCCCUAUCCCUGAACAGAGCCAGAAGCUGAAAUCUCCUCCAGCCACCCAUCUCUUUGAAAAUGACCGGGUCCCUUCUCCUAAGAAGGAUGUCAAGGCCAAAGGAAAGGAGAUCGGUCAUUCUUCCACUCACAAAAGGAAGGGUUCCCACAAGACUUCCAAGGGAGAAAAGAAGAAGAAGGUCAGGCUAUCAGAUUUGGAGGGGGAGUCCAUCGAAGUAACUUUCCUAUCCCUGGCCAAAAAACUUAGCAAGGUUGGAGUUCUAUCCGAAGAAGUUGGCCGGUCACUCCUGGAAUCCAAGGACCAGGUCUCCGAAUCACCCUCCUUCUUGAUUCUGCCAAGUUGGAGAUCAAUGACCGGGUCGAAAGGGAGAAGAAGCUGGAGGAAGAGCUAAUGGCUGAAAGGGCCAGUGUUCUUAGACACUUGACAAGAGAAAGUAUUUCUCUUGUUGCUCGAAGGAAGGGCUGUUUCCUUCGAAGGUUCGUUGAGGUUCGUGUGACUCGAAUUCUCAAGUUGUACGGGUUUGUUAAGCACCGUUAAGCUUAACGAGAUAGUAGUGUAGCUCGAGAGAGUCUCUCGGGAGGCUGGAUUAGCCACAAGUUGUGGUGAACCAG